AUGGAUUCUCACCUGGGCAUCUGGUUCUUAGGAAAACGUCUGAAUUAUUUAACGUUUCUAAAAAUGCAAAUGCGAAAAGCGAGCACAAGAUAAGUGACUCUGAUAGGUAGUCUCACGAUGUAGCAAGAGCUACCACUGUAAACCACAAUUGUACUUGUUCUAAACACGUAUCUUUUAAAAGAUCACGCUUCAAAACGGGCUUGUAAAGCGAGAAAAUAUCAAGUGCUCGUCUGACCAGCAAUUAAGACUGCCUUCAAGUCCUGCGGUGCCGACUGCAGUUCAUCUUAAAGUACAUUGGAUUUCAGUGCUUAUCUUAGGCACCUGCAAUCUCUAGGGGGAAAUAGGAUUAGGGUAGUUGACCGCCAAAAACAUUUUGAUAUAUACCACUGGCUCACCACAUCAUGUCCAAGUGGAAGCAAUUGUCGACCCUCGUGCGAAACAAAGAGUUCUUUGAGCGAGUUCCYRCUAGCUAUGUUUUCACACCAAACMGAGAUGACGUGAUAAAUUCAAGGCUGAGAUUGCGUUACAGUUCAACAUGUGACACUUACUAUCGUGAUUGGCAAGAUUCUAUCAACCUCGUUUCCAAUAAUGUGAUGCCCGGAUGGGAAAAAGGUGUUUUUGCACUCGAUUCAGUGUACAGGAAUGUUGACGAGGAAGCUGGCGAGGUCUAUUUUGAUCGAACCAAACACAGCACCACCGGUAACUUAAAAUGGAAGUUUGACUUUAAUAGCUGUGGUUUGUUAGUGAACGAGGUGAUUAUACGCCUUAACUACCUCGAUAGCCAUGGAGGGGAAAUUACGACGACAAUCGUUGGAGAUUCUGGAAAGAGGGUUCGUUAUUUAAAAGGAGGAGAAUAUGUGACGUACUCUGAGCUUGAGAAUUCUAAGGAAGUCAUCAUAGUCGUUCAUUUUAUCGGCGACACAAAUCAGAUUACGAAACUCUUCCCACAAACAAUAAUGGGUGGAAUUGGUUAUCCAAUGGAUAUCAAAAUAUUACUCAAGCCUCCUUUUGAAUCGUUGGGAAGACCAAGAGUCCUUCUCGGUUUGAUGUACAGCAGCGCACAGGAAAUCCAAGUCGACUCGCGACACUACAAGGAAAAUGGAAGUACCGAAACAUGUCGGGGUUUCCUUCAUGUUCAUAUUUAUGAGGCAAAAGAUCUUCCUCAACAAAGGGGAAAAGCACUGGAUWCUUCUGGAAAAUGCUAUUUACUGCCAAGCAAUAAGAAAGUCAAGUGCAAAUCAGUAUCUAAAAAAGGGGGAAGCCCUGUUUGGAACGAGCAGUUUUUGAUUGUAGGCGUUGGAUAUACAGAGAUCAAGAAACAAGCUUUGGAAUUUUGUCUUGUCAGCAAACAGAAGAAGUCGAAAAAACUGAUCGGAGGAUUUCGAUUAAGCCUUGGAUAUCGACAAAUCAUGGCAGCUCAAGCGGGAAAAGCAAAUACUGUUAUAUCCAAACUGUUGUUAAAGCCUUUACCAACAGACGAACGACAAAGUGAUACAGAUACGGAAAUGAGAGGUUUAGCUCGACUAGCGAUUGCUAUUGAGAAAAAAGACCAACAUGUUCAGAAAAACGGUACCCACCACGCCCAGAUAAAUGGCAGCGCGAAGGACUCCGCCAUAAAAUCAGUCCAUCCUGGGGUUGAUACUAGUAAAGCAUGGAARAUCACAAGUAUGGACGAGCUACGAAGUCUUGAUCGUACAAUCACUGCUCGUGGAAGUCAACAAUCUCUUGAGGAUGACUGCGGUAGCAAUGUUUCGAAAGACAUUCUAUCUUCGACAUUCUAUGAUUCUCUACAGAUCAAUGGUUCUUUACCGAACAUUAUUGAACAAAACAGUGUUUCAAAAGAACUUGUUGUUUCUGAUACAGCGAUCAACCAAUCUUCAAAUACAACAUCAAAUGAGAAAUUUAGUUUGAAUUUGAACACUGAAAAUAAUGGCAACCCCUCAAGAACACAUGAAAACAUGCAAGAUGUGACCGAGAUUUCAACCAAACUUUGGCUGCAGAGAAACGAGGCAAAUAGACAUUGUAGAAACUCGCCUUUGCAAACGAGAAAACCUGCCGAACUGAAAAUGAAGAAAGAAUGCAUCGAAGAAAACAACAACAAAGAAAUAGACAAGAGAAGAAGCCAGUCAACUGCUGAUAUCGCUGAGGAUGAUCACUCCUCAGUCUCGUGUUCUUCUGCACUAUCCAGACGAUGGAGUUCCGAUCGUCACAUCAAGAAAGACGAGAAAAAGAAGAAGAAGAAGACACAACUUGAGACAAUUCUCGGAGAAGGACUCGACGAAAUGACAUUAGAUGCGGUGGGUCUUGAAGUAAAACAAUGGGAGAAUGUUGUCAAUCGUCCAAAACAAUGGCAUUACAGUUGGCAAAUUCUCAGGAAAGACAUGAUUCCGGUACAUCACUGUAAAACAUAAUUCAACUUUGCAUUACAUGUACAAUGCAUGUUGCGUUUUAAAACAUAUCACGCGCGGGAUAGUCCUGAUGUCAACCAACUCAGAAGACCUACGAUGAAAGGUGGAUUUCUAUGUACUCGAAAUGCUAUCGUUAUUAUUAAUAAAUCUCUAAAAACCUG